AUGGCCGAUCCGAAAAACGAAAACCAGCAACCUCAGCAACCUUCACCAUCUCAGAUGCUGCCCUCCAUUGCAACUCUGACAAACGGUCUACCCAGCUCCAAUCAGUACUCGCCUCCAAACCGUCAGCCUUCUCAUCUGCCCUCGAGAGACUCGGGGACUUGGCCGCCGAUAAGCCAUCCUCAGAUGAAGCGUAAGUCACCUAUCAUCUCUGAACAUCUACUUCCUACCCAUCAAGACCACUGUCGAUAUACCCACACAGACCUGCCAGAGCUGUAG